AGUACCACAGUUCCCCCGAAGCAUUACGGAUAACCAAACGGACGCAGCCCAGAGAUGAAAGUAUUCGCAUUGUGCUUCUUGAGCCUGCUGGCUUUGAGCCAGGCCCGCUUGGACUACACGCUGCAGUGCGCCCGCGGUGAGAUCAGUAUCCGCUGGCCCAGCUACCACAGCAACUCGGAGUACUAUGUGUGCCCGAGCGUCUACGGCAGCCAGUUGACUGUCCACUGUCCGGCCGGCCAGGUCUUCACCUUUGUCCUCCAGAAGUGCGUGUCGCCAGCCCACUAUAUCCCAGCUCCCUCAAUGGAAGUCCUGCCCACCGCUGCUCCCAUCACCAUGCAGGUUAUCGAGAAUGCACCACCAGUGAUCUCCGCACUGUCUCAGCCAGAGGCCGAGACUCCGGAGCACCAUGAGCAUCAGGAGCACCACGAGCAUAAUGAGGAGGAGGUUGAGGCACACCCCAUCCCACCAACCCCGGCCCCAGAGCCACCAACCCCACCCACCGUUGCUAUUAAGCCAGCUGUGCCCGUGCCCGGCAAGAAGGUCACGGUCCCCCAGCCCGGCAAGAAGGCCACCGUUCCUGUGCCCUCCAAGGCAGCCAUGGCGAAGAAGCCCAGCGCCGCUCCCAAGAAGCCAGCUGCUCCGACUCCAUCCAAGGCCGCCAAGAAGCCAACGCCACCCAGCAAGGCCCAGAAGAAGCCAGCCACCGCUUAAAUCCCAAUCCCAAUCCUAACCAAGAUCGCCAGUUCAAUGCCCAUCUUUCAGCAAGCGGAAUUUCAUUCACUACUCUAAAUAGCAAUCUAAAGUAAUUAAAUAUCUAACUGGC